AUGUCUGGCCGCGGCAAAGGAGGAAAGGGUCUCGGAAAGGGUGGAGCGAAACGCCAUCGUAAAAUUCUUCGUGAUAACAUCCAGGGUAUUACCAAACCUGCUAUCCGUCGGUUGGCCCGACGUGGUGGAGUAAAGCGUAUUUCAGGACUCAUAUAUGAAGAAACGCGUGGUGUUUUGAAAGUAUUUUUAGAAAACGUCAUACGUGAUGCUGUUACAUAUACCGAACAUGCUAAGAGAAAGACGGUAACUUCGCUUGAUGUCGUCUAUGCAUUAAAGAGACAAGGCCGUACUCUUUACGGAUUUGGAGGAUAA